GCGGUCCUGCCGCGGUACCAGCCUCCAGCCUGUCGCCCGGACUGCCCCUGACCCAGGCGCGCCCGCUGCUCGGUGGCAGAAGGGCCGGCGGAGCGCCAUGGCCUGCAUCCUGAAGAGAAAGUCUGUGAUCGCAGUGAGCUUCAUAGCAGCGUUCCUCUUCCUGCUGGUUGUGCGCCUGGUAAAUGAAGUGAAUUUCCCACUGCUGCUAAACUGCUUCAGGCAGCCUGGCACAAAAUGGAUCCCAUUCUCCUACACAUAUAUGCGGCCCCUUCGAACUCACUAUGGAUACAUAAAUGUGAGGACACAAGAGCCUUUGCAACUGGACUGUGACCUUUGCGCCAUAGUGUCAAACUCAGGUCAGAUGGUUGGCCAGAAGGUGGGGAACGAGAUAGAUCAGUCAUCCUGCAUCUGGAGAAUGAACAACGCCCCCACCAAGGGCUAUGAAGAAGAUGUGGGCCGCAUGACAAUGAUUCGGGUUGUGUCCCAUACCAGCGUUCCUCUUUUGCUAAAAAACCCUGAUUAUUUUUUCAAGGAAGCGAAUGCUACUAUUUAUGUUAUCUGGGGCCCUUUCCGCAAUAUGAGGAAAGACGGCAAUGGCAUCGUCUACAACAUGCUGAAAAAGACUGUUGACAUCUACCCGAAUGCCCAAAUUUACGUGACCACUGAGAAGCGCAUGAGUUACUGCGAUGGCAUUUUUAAGAAGGAGACUGGGAAAGACCGAGUCCAGUCUGGCUCUUAUCUCAGCACGGGAUGGUUUACCUUCAUUCUGGCCAUGGAUGCCUGUUAUGGCAUUCACGUCUACGGGAUGAUAAAUGACACCUACUGCAAGACAGAAGGAUAUAGAAAAGUCCCUUAUCAUUACUAUGAACAAGGAAGAGAUGAGUGUGAUGAAUAUUUUCUUCAUGAACAUGCUCCAUAUGGGGGGCAUAGGUUUAUCACUGAAAAGAAAGUGUUUGCUAAAUGGGCCAAGAAUCACAGGAUAAUAUUCACACACCCAAACUGGACAGUGUCUUGAUGUUAGUUCUUUCUGAUCUUGCCACAACACUUGACGUGAUCAUAAUACCACAACUGUGAUGCUGACGAUGCUGAUGAUGGUGAUGGGAAAGACAACGGUGAUGAUCAAGUUUCUGUACAUUCUCCGAAAAGGAUGGUGACUCUGCCAGUAAUUUGAACUUGGGAUUUCAUGGAGGGUGGAUGUGCUCUUCACAUUCUUUCUGAAGGUUCAACAUUACAUACUGCACUUUAUAAUUUAACUGGAAUUGAAAUGAAGGCCAGUAACAAGACAGCAGUGACCUAAGAAAUGGGAAGAUUAUCCUUCAGGAUAGCUGCUCAGAAUUCUUCAACAGUGACUACCUUUCAAAAGCCAUGGGAUUUGAGGCAAGGUUGACUCUCCAGUCUCUUGAACUUGAGCAGCUCUACCAUCUUGUUGAUUGCCAAACACUGAUCCAAAAAAUGCUAUCUGGGCACAAGUACUGUACCACAGUUACUUGUUAGCCCACAGGCAGGGAAGGAAUCUCUUCCUGACAGAACAUGGUCCUAGAGUACCUCCCUCAGCUAAAGCCUCAGGCCAUUUCCUAAUGAACAAAGAAGAUGCCAUGGACACCCUACUCAUCAGGAUCCUUCAAGAGUUCAAACACUUAAUUCAAAAAUGGGCCAACUAGCAAAUCUUGAUGAAUUUUCAGUCUCACCACUCCAUUCUCACUACCCCAAACAAUAUAACUAAACAUGCACUAGAGUGAUCUCUAUUAUUGCUUAGUUAUUUUUGGUUGAGUCCUAAAUAUUUCAGAAAGCUAUUUAACAUAUAAGAUACCAACACUGUAAUAACAUAUACUGUGAAAGCAUUCUUAAAACAUAACCAAAAGGGUUUGGUUCUCUGCUUCAACAUCCAACAACACAAAAAUACAUGCUUUUUAAAAUUAUGAAACAAGGAAAGCAAAGCAUAUUUUUACAUCAAUUUGUAUCCUACCAUACUUCAUAAUAUAUAUUUAUAUAUUCAAAAUUCUACUUUAUUGGCUCAGACGCAUCUCUCCAUCCAUUACAUUAUCGUUGCCAAGUGCCAACUGUUAGACAUGGAGAGGAAAUGAUUCCUGGUAUUAAAUCUGACCAGAGCUUUUGCCUUCUUGGGGUUUAUUAACCCCACAGUGUUAUCAGUUGUUAUACCAUAAUAACAACACUAAUAACGACCUUAAUGUCCAAAGUGCUUUGUAAUUUAAAGUCCUUAUACAUAUGCUGUCCUAUGUGAUGCCACCCCCCUGGGCUGUUCCCUGCACAUUCUGACAUCUCCUUAGCAGAUGAUCUGUAAUUUGUUCAUUGCUUUGAUAUAUUCCAGAUCUUUGCCUCUGCUAAUAUUUGUAUAGAAUAGCAUUUAUGUAGACUAGUAACCAAUUGAUUCCAGUGCCAAAUACAAUAUAUUAUAUGAGGAUUAUGCAGAAAAUAUCACAAGGAUGGUCCUGGCCAUAGACUAGGACUCCUGUGAGCAUAACUACUUUAGAUUUUUUUUUCAUCUUAGAAUGACUCUUUUUAGGUAGAGAAAAACUAAUGAAGCAGGGGCAACAGGAGGAAAUUAACGCAGAGAAAUAUAGUUUCCUGUCCCCAUCUUGAGAUGACAUUGUUCUCCAUACACUCAUUGCUCAUUAGAUACGAGAGGGUUGAUUUGCUGACAGAAACUGAGAGACCAAAAAUAUCCUUGCAAAUGAUUCAAAAGACACAGCCGAGCUUAACUGACAAAAUGAUUUGAAGAAUGAAAGUGAUGAUGCAUUUCAUGUCGGCAGCUCUCUGCAGGUCCUUACCAGUGCUGGGUCCCAUGAUAAGUUCUCAAAUGGGGCCAUCCUGGGCAAAAGUCUCUUUGCUGCUCUCUGCCCCCGUUUGGAUAACACCAAUACCAGAGCCAAGAAAAUGGCCAAAGGCCAUUUCCAUCCAUACUUCUGAUGUUUCCUUGUGUGCUUUUCAGUUGUAUGUAUGUCAGGUUUUGUUGAGUGAGUGCCUGAUAGAAAUGCCCACUCAAGAAAAAUAAACAGAUGCAAAUGUUAAAAUUGUCAUACAAAUGGUUUUCCCCCCUGUUGUGAUACUGAAGUUCCACUUUUAAAUAAAAAGAAACACUUGCAUAUCAGAA